AUGGGCGUAUGCGGUUCGAAACCAGUUCCUGUCUUGUCACAUUUGUCUGGAGCUAGAGAGUGUUCUAAAGAUGCUUCAUCGACGGGUAGGUUCUACAAACCUGCAAAGCUAGAAAAUCGCGCCGAGGUUCUCAGUUCGGACCCGAGUUUCCCCUCUGCAUUAACCAUUGCUUUGCUGAGUUCCGUUUGCAAGACGGAACGCAUCUGGUAUUAUACAUUGUACAUGCAGCCACCCGAGGCUGAGCCAGCCGUGAUAUCAGACCAUGCUUUAUCUACUUUCACAUGCUACGAUAUACUCGCCCAAUCGGGAGCAGUGGGACUGAAACUUUUCUGGAAGGGUUGGUGGUGCAACUUCUUGAACAGCGCCCCCUUUUUCCGCGUUAGUCUCUGGAACCCACGCACGGCGGAGUAUCAAUGGAUCAUGUCGACCAACAUCUGGGCGCAUCAGCUCACUCACCCCCAAAUUGCCAACCCUCCCUACUCGGCCCGGCUGAAAGCAACAGAAGCGAGCAAUAGUCAGGAACAGCUUAACCAAAGGCACAGAGGGUGGAGUCUGAAAGUGCCUGAUGUUUGGGCCGAGCAGAAAUCUAUUACGCAUGACCGUGGUUCGACACGUGAAAUGGGCGGUGUGUGGGCACUAAUUGGAGCGUGGCAAUUGGCUCGAUUGCAACGGCGUGAGCCGCCAUGGAACGACUUGUCGUUGAGAUCGCCUUCUGUAAUUUUUCUGGAUCCUCCGCAACCUUCGCUUUUUGUCUUGAUGUCCCAGGGGUUUGUCGUCCGUCUUUGUGCCUCUGAACAGAGGAUUCUUGGACUAACCACCUCCCACCCUUCAACCUCUUCCAAUCUCGCCUGGUCUUUCAUAAAACCCGAUAGCGGCAACCAGUCUCACUUUCUCUUCCCCCUCCCCUCCCGUUCUUCCCGUCAUCCAAAGCCAAACGCUUCCCCCAACGUUUCCAAGCGCAACUCCCAACGACCGAAUCCGAGGCUCCUCUCAAAGGUGACAUUCAACAUACCUUUUUGCUGCCUUUCCUACCAAAGCGUUCUUUCGCACAGGCCCAUCACGACAAUCGGCAACACCACGAUCUCCCCCGCCACCAUACGCUUCAACAGCAACUAA